AUGCCCAUCUCCUUCCUGGCAGGCGAGCUCUACCAUGAGACUGUGGCAAAGGAGUUACUGCAGUUUUAUGAGCAUACGGCCCAGAUCGUGUGGAACCGGUUCACGGAGGCCACCUGGAACUAUGUCACCAACAUUACCAAGAAAAAUCGGAAAGAAAUGCUGUACAAGGACACAGAGAAGUCUCGGCACAUGCUGUACUUUGGCACCCGGGCCCGCCUGUUUAAGAACGCCAGUUUCCAGGACCCGACUAUUAAGCGUAUGCUGAGUAAGCUGCAGAACAUAGACAAAGCGGCCCUGCCCAAGGACGAGCUCCGGGAGUACAACAAGAUUCUGGCCUACAUGGAGACAACGUACAGCACGGCCCAGGUGUGCCUGAAUGAGGGGCCCUGCAUGCCCCUGGAGCCCGACCUCGAAGAAGUCAUGGCCACCUCCCGGGACUAUAAGGAGCUGCUGUGGGCCUGGCAGGGCUGGAGGGAUGCUGCGGGGCGUCAGCUCCGUGUCGCCUUUGAGUACUACGUGCACCUCAGCAACAAGGCUGCAAUGCUCAAUGGUUACAAAGACAUGGGAGCCCUGUGGCGAUCCCGCUAUGAAUCCAACACACUGGAACAAGACCUGGAACAGCUUUACCAGGAGCUGCAGCCACUCUACCUGAACCUGCACGCCUACGUGCGCCGGGCCCUGCACCGCCACUACGGGCCCGGAGUCAUUAACUUGAAGGGGCCCAUCCCUGCCCACCUCCUGGGGAACAUGUGGGCUCAGUCUUGGGUCAAAAUCUUGGACCUGGUCCUGCCCUUCCCGGAUAAGCCCCCUGAGGACAUCACAAAGAUCAUGCGAAUCCAGCACUGGAAACCUGAGAAAAUGUUCCAAGAGGCUGAAAAAUUCAUCACCUCCCUGGGGCUGCUUUCCACCCCUCCCGAGUUCUGGGAAAAGUCGAUGAUAGAAAGGCCGACCGACGGGCGGGCGGUGGAGUGCCAUACUUCUGCCUGGGACUUCUUCAACGGCAAGGACUUCAGGAUAAAGAAGUGCACUGAGGUGACCAUAGAAGACCUGCUAUCCGUCUUCCACCAGAUGGGCCACAUCCAGUACUUCAUGCAGUAUAAGAACCUCCCAGUGAUCUUCCGCGCAGGCGCCAACCCAGCCUUUGAAGAGGCUGUGGGGUCGGUGGUCACCCUCUCGGCCUCCUCCCACAAGCACCUGCUCAACAGAGGCCUGCUCAGCCAUCAGCACCAGGACUCAGAGGAGGAGGUCAAUUUCCUGAUGGGCAUUGCCCUGGACAAGAUCGCCUUCAUUCCCUUCUCCUACCUGAUGGACCUAUUUCGCUGGAAAGUCUUUGAUGGCACCAUCCAGAAGAGCUCUUACAACCUGGAGUGGUGGAACCUCAGGUUGAAGUACCAGGGCCUGUGCCCCCCUGUUCCUCGGACAGAGGAUGACUUUGAUCCAGGUGCCAAAUUCCACAUCUCUGCCAGCGUGCCCUACAUACGGUACUUCCUCAGCCUGGUGAUCCAGUUCCAGUUCCACGAAGCUCUGUGCAAGGCCUCAGGCCACACGGGUCCACUGCACCGGUGUGACAUCUACAACUCCAAGCUGGCUGGGAAGCUCUUGGAGGAUAUCCUAAAGCUGGGUUCCAGCAAACCCUGGCCAGAGGUCCUGCAGAGGAUAACUGGGAAUAGCAAGAUGUCCACAAAGGCCCUUAUGACCUACUUCAAGCCUCUGCUAAACUGGCUGGUCACCGAGAACGUGCGUCAAGGGGAGAUCCUGGGCUGGCCGGACUUCUCCUGUUCCUUUGAAGAAAAAGACACACACGAGGUAAAAUUCCUGAGUCUACAGCUGGACUCUCAGCAGGCCAAAUUCGGACAGUGGGUGUUGCUGGCCUUGAGCUUUGUCUUGUUCCUGGUGGCCCUCCUGCUGGCCUGCAGGCUGUACUCCCUGGAAAAAAGGUCACUGACUCAGGACAGCAAUGUACAGGACACCAAUACACAGGACACCGGUUCACAGAAAACCAAACUACUUGAGACACCAUCCAACACCUACUUCCUGGGCAUAGCCAUGGAGCCCAGCAAGGUUGCCAAAAGACAGUGGAUUCUUCUGAGCCUCUGCCUCAUCCUGAUGCUGUGCUCAAUCAUCCUGACCAUUCGGAUUUUCACACAGCACAACGGGAAGCCUCCAUGGAUGAGCGCUGAAUGGUGGAGCUUGGACUAG